UUGAGAACCCGAACUAACUAAUUACCAGCGGGUGGAGCCUCCCAAGUCUCUCUCCGAGUCUCCGUCGAGAGUCCAUGAAGGCAAAAAUCUAGCCUUGUCCGAGUCCAGAUCUUCAUCUUAGACCAUGGAGGCGCGUCUGCCGAAGUGUCGACGGGGAGAUUGUCCUUCUCACAUAAAUCUGGCAACCCCGAUGUAUCCUCCGAACUUCCUCCUUUCUGUUGUUCUUCCCUCGCUCACAAUUCUCAAUUCCGUUUGCGGCAAUACACGAGUCCGACGGACUCGGGAAUAUUCGCAGAAGCCACUAGAAUUCACCAUCCUCGCAUAUAUAAUCACACUCGGAUAGAGGUCACUGCAUCGUCUUUAUCAUAUGGCGACAAUGGCCACCGCUGACCUCGAAAGAACGCCUUCAGGCAAGUGAAGUCUCCCCCC